CCGUCCGCCAGCCGACCUCUUGCCAUUCCCUCCCUCCUGCCUCCAGAAGAAGUUCCGUCGGGAUUCGAACGCUUCUUCCCGUCCCCUGCUCCCUCAGUGCAGGGCGAAACCGUCACCCCACCGCCUCCCCGAACCGCCUUUGGACAAGAUGAUAUUACACCUGGUCGUGGCGGCGGCGAUGGCCGUGGCCACAACCCGCGCCUGGCCCAUUUCGCCUCUGGGGGACUAUCUGCGAGGAGAAAUAGAAAACCAGAAUGUGACUUGCGGGGACGACCUCAAAUUUUGGGUUCAUAAAGAUUCAAUCAAACUGAACUUCCUCGGUUCGAACUCUCACCUUGGGAUUCCCGCCGGGUGCUCCGUCAAAAUUCGCGUCGAUGUGGACGACCUAAGUCUUGAGAAAUACGGUCUGCGGUUCACGGGUUCGUACGACUUCAAAGACCCACUCAAUGUCAACGAUGAGUGUUCCUCUUCCAGCCUAACAAUCACCGACAUGGAUGACGAGCAGGACGAAACGGGGACAAAGAAUGUCACCUGCGGCCACGGUGACGUCUCGUACCACACCUCGCAGGACUCGACUAACGUCCUGUUCCUAGCGGGUCCCCAGGGCGCCACUGGACUCGGCUUCAGUCUCUUGGUUGAGCCUCAUUACCUGUGCGGGGGACAUAUCACUACAAGCACGACCAUUAGCUCUCCUGACUAUCCUGAGCCUUACCCGAUCGAUAUAGGUUGUUUCUGGUACAUACAGGGUGAAGAGAUAACACUUCGUUUUCUGGAUUUCGAUCUCUAUCCGAAGAAAUGCAACGACUUAGUUGAGGUUCAGUCUUUGCGAGGUGGCAAUGACGUCUUUUGCGCAUCGAAAGUGGAUGGCAAAGUCAAGAAAUACGAUGGGCCAAUUUAUAUCAAGUUCCGGUCUUCGAAACGGCGAGAGAAUGUGAAUAAAGGAUUUAACUGCAAAGUUACUAUCAAGUCUUCAAAGAAGAGUUUGCCAAAUAUUUUAUCAAAGUUUUAUGAAGAGUAAAAUAUCCUAAUUUUACUCUUUUUAAAACACAUUCCAAGGACUUCAAAUGACACACCCAAAAGUACUAGACACACUACGCCAUCAUGCAUUCACUAUUCAACAAUAAAUUAAACACUGAACAAAAUUACACUAAAUCAUGAAAAUAAAGGUGUAAUAUACAAGUACACAUAAAAGAAUAACAUGGCAAAAAAAAAUAAAAUAAAAUAGAGUAAUGUAAUUUAAUCAUAUUUAAUCAAAUAUUUACAAGCACUUUUUUCUUUAGUUUUUUUUAACUCACAUUUGUUUUGAACGUGUUAGAGAAGUAUAAUCUCAUUGUGGAAAGAUAAAGCGUAUUAAUAUUUUGAGUGAACUGGCAACUUGCUUUAGGACGUAAUGUUUAUCCUGAAUUCAUUGGAAUGAUGCAGCCCCCAUCUCUGUGUAACUAGCAAUGGCACAUACUUGGAACAUUGUAAACAAAGUGAAAACAAUAAAAAUUCUAAAUUGGCCGUAA